CCUCAGUUGGCGCGCGGCAUCCGUGGGAGGCGUAUCGCGCACGUAUUCCGCCUGCACCGGGAGGCCGGUCGAUCGAACCGGUCGACGAACCCUUGCGACACGAACGGCUCCGUGAAAUUGCUCACCUGCUCCGUCAUUCCGUGUCCGAGGGUGCCGACGGUCGCCGGCCCUCGAAGUAACGCGACGUUCGAACGAUCUUAAUUGUCCGAGUGCACCGUGACAAUCGCGACGAGUGAUCGGUUUUCGAAAGUGAAUCCUCCUCCUGAAGAGGUCCUCCUCGCUCAUCGUCUCGCGCGAGAGAUCGAUGGGGACGAUCGCUCGAUCUAUAUCGAACGUGAGAAUUCGUUCGAAAACAACUGUUCCAAGUCUCGAAGUAGAUUAAUCGUAACGUCAGUUUCGGUCGAGCAAUCUCUCUUCUCUUGGAUCGAGGGGAAAAGUGGAAAGAAACGCGGUUCGCGAAGCAGCGAGGAGGCGCCUCGAUCAGCCGCGAUCUCUCGAUCCUCGGAGGAUCGGCGGCUAUCGCGCGCACAGACGUAAUCGCCUUGGCACGUAUAUCCGUGUCUACACGCAUUUGGGACAUUAAGGGAACGCGUGUUGCGAGCAUUAAGAGCCGAGCAUCGAGGAGCACUUCGCGAGGAAGGGAGCCGAUGAGCCGCCCGGUAAUCGGGAUCGAUCUUCGAUCGAUUAAAUUCAAAAUCGGGCCAAAGGGAGCGCCGGUGCCGGAGUUGAGUAGCUGCGUCGAAUUGCACGCGAGUUUCAAAUUGCUCGCAAUAAUAGAAUGGAAUAAAAAUCACUGGCUGAUAGAAGAGAAAUUGUGCUUCAAGAAGAAAGGAAUCUUGGAUUUAUAAGAAGCGACGCCGCGAGCGUCCUGCUCGACGUUCGGUUAGUUGAUGCGUUAAAAUUUCGAGACGUGAUCGUGAUAUCGUGAAACAACGUGAUUAUUUCGGCCGAGGUGUUGCUCGAGUGCGUGAGAAUGUAAAAAAAAAGAAAAAAAAAAGAAAAGAAGAAAAGCGGAAGAUGCAACGAUCUGUGGUUCCAGCGACCGGCGGUAUCGUUCGAAGCAAAGCUUCCGGAUAGCAAAGUGUCGGACGUUAUUUAAUUUCGCGAAAAAACAGAGGAGAACUGGGGAAGAUUCUGAAGGCAGCUGAUAACUUCCCAAUACCUCAUCCUUGAGAGCUCGCACACGUGGGACACCGCGCUGUAUCUCGGAGUGUAUACCCGAGGUUCUUGACGCGGGUAUUUCUUCUAACGUCCGAGGAACUUGUAAUAAAACAAUACAUCCCGGGAUACGAGGAGCACAGGUUCCGGGUUUCUUCCUUUCCGUCGCGAAAAAAUAAUAAACCAGGAAAAAAUCAAAUAUUUACUUCUGAGAAGAGUCUUUUCCGCGGUCUCGCGUGCGUCGAGUUCGCUGACGCGCGAUCGGAAACGGAGGAGAGCCGCACGUUCGCUGGAUCGCGAUCCGGAUGAUCCAGAUGGUCCGAGGAAAGUCGCGGACGUCGAGUUCGCGGAUCCGGCCUGCGGUACGACGCGUUUGAAUGCCGCCACCGUCUCGAUGCGGCCACCGUCGUUGCACUGCACUCGAGAUCUCUCCGCCCGAGACACCUGGCACACGACGCUCGAACGCUCGGGAGGUAAAGGCAACUGUUUUCUUCUUUUCGCGCCGUUUCGCGCUCGCAGAUUCGAGGGAAUCUCCCGCUAUGUUGUCCGCCGCUGCGCUUGAAAAGGCCGAUUCGUCCUCGCGAUAAUCGUGGGAUGUUGCCCACGGGAGGAAUCUAAAGAACGUGAGAGAAAGAGAACGGAGAAGAAAGCAAGAGACAAGCCGAUAAUGAUGGAAGACGCGUUAGGGCCCAACGUGAUAUCAGGGGAAACAUAAAGUAACGGACAGCGAGGCGUCUAGUCGCCCCGGAGGGCUUCCUAGCAUCUGGAAGCAAAAGACCAGUGGACACGGAAAAAUACGGCAUGGAUUUCCCGAAGCGCGAGUGGAGCCACAGGCUCAGUCUUCGCGGCAGCCGAAGAGCUCACGAGGGCGAAAUGGGGCACAGAACGAUAACCGGGGCCCCCAGGACCACCAGGAGAUGGGCAAGCCUCAGGCAACAUGUGAGCAGCAGUCAUGACGGCGGUAAACCCCGUGUCGAAUUGCUGUUCAAUACAUCGAGUUCGAAACCCUCCACGCCGUCCUCGCAACCGCACACCCCUAAUACGCCGCACACCCCGCCUAUCAAGAAGUCCAACUGGGAGGUCAUCGAGCACUUCACUGGCGCGCCGCGUCCCUCCAUUAUCACGGUGACUAGAGGGUCGGAGAUUGGCGUGGCGCCGACAACCGGACAGGAGACUGCAACGGAAGCGACAGCGAACGUAGGGAUCACGCAGCACACGCGGAAAUGCGCCCUGAGCAGAUUCCUGAGCUCGCUUUGCGGCUCUCAUCAUUUCAAGAACCUGCAGGUUGAAAUGCUGUACCAGCGCUACUUCCUACAUAUGAAUCAAAGUAACAUGACACACGUGCUCGGUCUACUGGUCGGUCUGGCGCUCGCAUUGGGCCUACUACUUAUCAUGAAGCUAAUACUGACCGGCAAUCAACCACUCUUCACGCUCCUAUAUAGACCCGAAAAUCUCUCUCUUGCGAUCACCUUGUUGACCUGUAUCGCUAUUUACAUUGUUUUGGUAGCAGCCAUUUCCAGACCGGGCAUGAAUGAGAUAUGGCUGGCGGGUGUUAGUGGCGCCGUGUUGGUCACCCUUCUGGUUCUACAAGUGACCCUAAGCAUUCAUCUGGCGCGACUGCACGAAAUGGGCCGCGACAAUCCCGACGACACGUCAUUCUCCUCGAAAUCAAAGGACCUUCGAACCGGAGGGCCUCUUGCCGCCGCUUUGACGGUCUGCUUCUUCAUCUACAUGGCCUAUGCCCUUCUACCGAUCAGACUCAGGCACGCCUGCAUCGCCGGGAUCGUUUUCUCGGCGGCUCACCUUAUCGGAGCCUUCCUGCUCUACCCGCACUAUCCAUCUAUGAUAGCACACUUGCUGAGCUCGAUCGUGGUAGUCGGCGGAACGAACGUAGCUGGCGCACUGACACAUCACCCACGGGAGUUGGCGCAAAGACAGGCAUUCCUUGAAACCCGACAAUGUGUCGAAGCACGUUUGACCACGCAGCGAGAGAAUCAGCAACAGGAGAGGCUUUUACUCAGCGUAUUACCAAGGCACGUCGCCAUGGAGAUGAAAGCCGAUAUAGCCGGAAAGCCAAAGGAUACCAUGUUUCACAAAAUUUAUAUUCAAAGACACGAGAACGUCAGCAUUUUGUUCGCUGAUAUCUGUGGAUUUACCUCACUCUCUGAUCAAUGCACUGCCGAAGAGCUCGUCAGAUUGCUCAACGAACUUUUUGCAAGGUUUGACAGGCUAGCCGCUGAGCACCACUGCCUCAGGAUAAAGCUCCUUGGAGAUUGUUACUAUUGCGUAUCCGGACUUCCGGAAGCACGGCCCGAUCACGCUCACUGUUGCGUAGAAAUGGGAUUGGACAUGAUCGAUGCAAUAACAUUGGUUCGCGAGGUAAUGGCCGUAAACGUGAAUAUGAGAGUCGGUAUCCAUACGGGCCGGGUUCACUGCGGGGUUCUUGGCCUGAAAAAAUGGCAGUUUGAUGUUUGGAGCAACGACGUGACCUUAGCCAAUUACAUGGAAAGCGGUGGUAUACCCGGACGUGUACACAUCACGAAAGAGACUUUAGAUUGCUUAGGCGGGUAUUAUGAAGUCGAGGAAGGCAACGGGGGCGAGAGGAAUACAUACUUAAAAGACCAUAACAUCAGAACCUACUUGAUUGUCCCGGGAGACACAUUUAAGGAUAACAUAACUAGUUCCGGAAUGCGAAAGACCUUUCCGGCGAAUGGUAACGUGUCCAAAGAGAUGAGGGUCAUGGGUCACGGUUCGCAACACGGAAAACAAACCAAAUUAGGCUUCUGUGAAACCAUCGAGUGUGAAAAAGAUCCCGAAGACGAGGUGAACGAGUACCUGAUGAGAGCGAUCGAUGCUAGAAGCAUAGAUCGAUUGAGAGCGGAGCAUUGUACGCCGUUUAUACUGACGUUUCGAAGACCGGAUGUCGAAGAAAAGUACUCGCGCGAGAGGGACAGGAUGCUCUCGGCUUAUUUUGUGUGCUCCGGUUUCGUCUACAUGGUCGUUGUGGUCGCAAUAGCCAUCACCCUCGCCGGAAGCGUGUACUUCUACGUCUGCACGGCGAUUAGCAUACUGGUGAUAGCCCUCGUCAAUGGCAUUUUAUUGGCGGAGAAGAAUGAGAGGGUGCCGAAAUGGGUGAGGAACAUGGCGCUGCAGAUCUUCGAGAAUCGCAUCAUCGCGCAAAGCAUCGCGUCCAUCGUCGUGUUUCUGACGUUUAUCACGGUACUUUCGCCGCUGAUCACGCUGACCGGAAGUGAGGCUUGUAUCAAGAACAAUACAUUGCCUUUCGAGGAGUGGCUGGAUGAGAAUCCUAGCGUGAUAAGAGUACCAACAGAGAAUAGCAAUGCCGCCGGAAUCUGUGAUUACAUUCUUUUCUGCGACUUGUUUCCGGUUCUGGUGAUGCUGGUGAUGGUAACCUGCGCGGUGUACCAGAUCCUAACGUCAGUCUUUAAAGUAGCCGUAUUGAGCAUCGUUGUGGCUUGUUAUCUCGGAGUCAGCAUUUACCAGGCACUAAAUGAGGACGACGUCGAGCCCGCUGGAAGAUGGUUGGCGGGUGUUUUAGUGGUUUUCUUCAUGGCCUGCCUAGUGGCACACUCCCAGCACACAGAGGCGACCUACAGAUUGGAUUUCCUGUGGAAGUUGCAAGCGACCGAGGAGAAGGAGGAAAUGGAACACUUGAAGGCCUACAACCAGAAACUGCUCGCGAAUAUACUUCCGGAACACGUGGCCGCCCAUUUCCUGUCUACCGUUAAUUCAGAUGAAUUAUACCACGAACAAUGCGACUGUGUGUGCAUUAUGUUCGCCUCGAUACCAAACUUUUCCGAGUUCUACGUAGAGCUCGAGGCGAAUAAUGAGGGUGUGGAGUGCCUCAGGCUUCUCAACGAAAUCAUCGCUGACUUCGACGAGUUACUCGCCGAGGAGCAAUUCAAGUACAUCGAGAAGAUCAAGAGUACGGGCGCUACGUAUAUGGCCGCUUCGGGCCUAACGAAAAGCACCUGCGAUAUGCGGGAUUUCAAGCACGUAGUCGCUAUGGCGGAUUACGCUCUGAGAAUCCGCGAGCAGCUGGCCUAUGUCAAUGAACACAGCUUUAAUAACUUCCGCAUGCGUGUGGGCAUCAACAUCGGACCGGUGGUCGCCGGAGUGAUCGGUGCCAGGAAGCCGCAAUACGACAUCUGGGGCAACGCCGUGAACGUGGCCUCCAGGAUGGAUUCCACGGGCGUAUUAGAUGGGAUUCAAGUCACCCAAGAAGUCCGCGAUAUUCUGGCCACUAAAGGAUAUCCCCUCACGUGCCGUGGAACGAUCCAAGUUAAGGGGAAGGGCAGUAUGAUUACCUACUUCCUGGAUGGGCCGAAGGACAACACGAAAUCGAGCCAGAUGGACGCCAAGACAAAUUCCAAUAACAACACCGACGCCGCGGAGAAAGCGAUAGUCAACAGUAACAGCGGGACUAAAUGAUUGAUGGGAAUGCUCGAAGAAGAAUUAGCGAUGAAUGACAUGUCACAUCAUCGAUAGAGCGUAUCAAACACUUUUUAAUCUUCGCGCCACUUAAAACUUCUUCCAUGUACUCAAGUCCAAAAACGGCAAUAUGAUGUCCAGGGCACGAGUGCGCAAAUCGGAGUCCGUACACGUCAAUCGACGUCAAUCGACCGCUCGACGAACGGGAUAAUUGCGCCACUAGUCUUAAGUCUCAAGGUAAACGAAGCAUAAUUGAUAUUCGCAGGAAUAAUCCUGGCAUUUCGUUGCGGAUUUCAUUCAAAUUAUGUUUCCCGCUUGAUCGUUCUAAAUCGAAAAGACUAGAAGAGAUGAACGAUCUUAAAAACAAAUUAAAAUCGAACAUAAUUGAAAGAUCAAAUGAAAUUAACAAUUAAGCUCGCUUUUCUGCCGCUUAAUUCAAAGGUACAAUAAAAAAUGCCCGACGUGAUAUUUAUUUUGAAUAUUUCAAAAAAGCAUAGCAAUUAACAUGAAACAUUAGCAUGAUUAACGAAGAAAAACGCUAAUAGCUUUUGAUAACGAAAAAUUACUUUUUAUAACUUAUAUAAACACGUAAUCAACGAGAAAAGACGUUCUUCCAGAUAUACUCGAAUCGUCUUAAGUAAUUUCCCUGGAAAUUUAAACCCGCUGUGAUUGCGGAAGUUUAGCACCUGCAAUCGUCAGCCGAAUUCGAGUUAAAUGUGCACCGAAAUGCCGGACAUUAGCGAAAAAUGAGGAGCGAUAACUCGUCCUUCUGUACACUCGUCGUACUUAAGCUGUUCUUGAACAAUGCCUACAAUAUAUGUGAUUUUGUGUUAGAAAUCUUUAGUUCUCUCAAGUGCUAAUCUAAAAUUCAUUAACGAUGGGUUCCGCAAUGAUUACAUUUAUAGUAAUCGAUGCCCGAGCAGACGUGUCGGCCGGAAGCGUGUCGACGAUAGAAAAUUUCCUUCGAGGAUGAAUACGUACGUUAAUUAAGUAAAGUAUUACGUAGCAACAAGUGUCAAUUUAUGCAUAAUCUUAAAUGUGUGCGCACAAUUAUUUCAUAAAAUAAGGUAGUUAUAGUUCCUGACGAUAAUUCCACAUUCGAUCGUGUUUCCAAAUUUUUUCGCAUGUCGUUAUGUCAGGUUUUAAAUAUUUCAUUUUAUUGUAAACUUUAAACAACCAAACUGGAGAGGGUUUCUGAAUUUUAUAUUAUGCUCAUAUCAUACCUAAAAUUACGUUUUUUCUGCAUUGCAAAUAGAUAACUAUUUUCCAUGAUUUCCAUGAUACGAUAGGACAACAAAAAUGAACCUUCAAAUAAAAAAGAAGUAAAAUAUUUAUUCUUGUGACAAUAAAAACGCCAACAUCCUCGAAGAAAUGAACACAUCUAGCGUCAAAUGUGCAAUAUUAAUUAAAAACUCGGGCCAAUAAUAUAUCAAGUCAUAUAUAGCAGUUAAAAUAAGAUACUUGAGCCAAGUAAGGUCCAACACUAAAUAAGACCCAUUUUCAAAUUUAUCUCUUUGAAAGUCGCUUUAUGUCUAAAAUACAAUAUCUUUUUAGAAACAACAUAUACUCAAUAAAUAAAACUCAGUUAAAUGACCAUUGUUAUGGCUAUUUUUAUUUGUUAUGUAUAAAAUUUGCAUCACGUGAUAACGAUUUUUAUUGCUGCUAACAUUUACAAAAUUAAAAUUGCAUACAAAUGUCUAGAAAUGUAAAGAUUAAAAGAUUAAUUAAAAACAAAAUUAAAAAUAAUUGUGAUGUUUAAUAAUAGAAUAAAUUCUAGAUUUUAUUUUUAUCAUUAAUAAUCAUUUUAUAAGUAAUUUAGAAAAUAAUGUUUUGUCCCUUGGUUAUUUUUGUGAUUCAAACUUUAUUCAUACAUGAAAAGAACAAUUUUUGAAGUAUCAACAAAUUUAGCUAGUUAUAUAGAUCAGAAAAUAAUAUUGUCAAGCCUUCAAAAUAAUUGUGUAGGACGUUCAUGCACGAUGAGCAAGAUCGCAGGAUGUUUGGACAUUUUAGCAAUUAAUUUAGUUAUCCUACACAAUUAUUUUGAUGAUCCAACCAAAUCAUAUUCAGAUCUGUAUCCAGUUAAAUUUAGAUACUUUAGCAAAUCCGUUCUCUCCAUAUAAACAACACAUAAUAAAUAAAUCAGAGUAAAAAAAGACAUUUUUUUUGCUUAUUUAUAAAUAUUCUAUAUGCAACAUAUAUUUUAUUUUUAUAGAUAAUAGAAUACAGAUUUACUUUGUUUCAAUAUCAUAUAAAGUUUUUAAAAAAUAAAGUAAAUUAAGGGGAUGCUAAAGUUAUCCUAAGUUUUACCGAUCAAACGCGAUUUUUUCAGAACGCUAUUUUCCUAAUUGUAUUUACAGAUUUAAAAAUUCUUUUCAACAAUUAAAGUAUAGGCACAAAUGUAACUCAAUCCUGUCGACUUUAUGCCGAGAACAAAAAAAAAAAUUAAAAAAUUUUAAUCUAAUUUACCUAUUCUUAACCUAAUAUGGAGUCCAUAGCUGUCAACGUGUGCCAAUAUCUGCUUCAUACAAAAUUUGGUAGUUUCUUUUUGUAAAACAAAAAUGGUCUGAGGUAUUAAUUACACGAUAAAAUAACGUUCUUAAAUUUUAGAUAUUUAAUAUGAAAGAUUAAUGUGCUCGAAAAUUUGUGCAUCUACAUGCGUGCAAUAUUGAUGUAGUAUGUAAUGACGUAUUGAUGUAAAUCGUAUUUAUUGUACGCCGUUAUUCAAUCGGUAAAAUUCACGACUUUAGCAUCUCUAUAAAAGGACCUAAUUCAUCUCAGGUACAAAUACUUUCCAAUUUCACGAAAUAUUAUCCAUUGAAAAAAAAAUUAUUUUAUUAUACGGCUCAGUAUAUUAUUGACCCGAAACUUUUACUUUAGCAUGUGAUUUGUAGAUAGCAGCUUAUUUAUUUUAUUUUGUGUCCAACGCGUUGGACGUUUCCGCGUUAUUCUAGUCAAUACGAAGAGAGAAGACUCCCAUGAAUAUAUGUCAGAAGCAAAUCGAAAAAAAAAAAAUUAAGCCUGAUACAACGAAACCGUGGACGAACGAAUCUUGUAUGUAUAGACAGUUUGCUUUAACAAGAAGGGGACCACGGCGAGUUAAUAAAUAUAUUCUAGACUCAACGAUUGAAUUGUAGUCGCCGCUCUAAGGAUGUGAGAAAAUCAUUAUUUUAUUUUAUACUCUCGUCUGCUCCUCGUACUGUAACAAUCGAUAUUAAGUAUGAAAAAACGUUUCUCAAUCGUUCUCUCAUAAUUCAUUGAGAAAUUAUUUUUAAAUAAAAGAAAAAUUCUUGACAAAUCGCUAAAAGCCGUUAUCAUUUUAAUCUACGUGAAAAUUAUUUUCUAGUGUUAAGCAAUUUGGAAAAUUAUACUUCAGUAGCGCAGCUAAAUUGUUAUUAGAACACAUAAAAUAUAAAUUAUAAAUCAUAUUAUUCGGUCAAAUAAAAAAUAAUAAAAGUAUGAAAAAUUAAUACUUUGAAAAAUAUUGAAAAAGUUAUUUAAAAAAAAAUUUAACUCAAUUACUGUUUUAUUUCACCUAUUUUAUUGUACAAGAAAUUUAUUCUAUAGUAUCAAAUGAAUUCGAAAAUUAUUUCAGUAAUGCAGCUAAAUUUUGUAUUGAAACAUACAAAAUAAAAAUUAUACGUAUAAAUCAUAUUAUUCACUCAAAUAAAAUAACGAUAAAAAUUAAUAAUUUAAGAAAUAAUGAUAAGGAUUAAUAAUUUAAGAAAUAUUGAAAUAUAAAUUAUUUAAAAAAUUUUACUCCAUUACAAUAUUUCGUCUACAAUCGGGAAAUGUACUGCAAGUUGUACUAGUAGGUUGUGUAUUACUUUUUAUUGCUGUAGCUGUCAGAGAUUUGCUGCAAUUUCAUUCGUUACAACUUUUGAAAUCACGCGUAUUUUAAACGACGUAUUAUAAACAUCUUUGUCUAUUGAUAUGAGCUUCGAACGACGCCCAUUCUUCGUCCAUCCGCAGCCACAAUUCUACCUUGAUUUCAGAUUUUUGAAGGACCUCUAGCGUGAAAGUAAAUUCAUAUAAUUAAAAGAGUAAACUCUAGGCGGAUGUAGCAGAGAACUGUGUAAACGUCGGACGAACGAUUUUCUACACUGGCCAACUUUCCGACAGAAAGUUAAUGAAAUUGCAUGAUGUUACUGUGGCGUCGACUAACCGGGUAAUAUUCUUUUUUCUCAUCGAUCCUAGCGCAACCUUUAAAGGAACUUUCAUAAGAUAUUCUGUUAAUUUGAUUACUGUUUUAUAAAAAGGACCGUGGAAAACAUUGGAAAUUCUAUUGCCCUAUCGAUCAAUUCAAUUAAUUAAAACACUAGUCUCGCGUAAAAAUAUUGCGGUGCAACGUUAUAAAAUAAGAAGCGCAGCACUCAAUUCGCGAAUAAGAGCCUUUACGUAAUCUAAUUGACCACAAAAGAGAUAAGGAUGCCGAAAAUAAAUAAAUUUUCUCUUUCCCAAAAGAAAGCAAAAGCAAGCCGAAAGGCAUUUGACCGGCAAACGCGACAAAGGAGCUGCAAACAUCAAGAGAGAUGAAAAGAGAAAUACUUUGUGGAAUUUCAACGAGAACAGAAAUGAAUGGAAUUUCAUUAACGUUUCAAUGUUUUAAAUAUUCAGAAAAUGAUUUGCGAGUUUAUUCCACUCUGCGAGGGGGAGGGGAGGGGACGUAAUAAUGCGGAAUUCUUUGUUGUUAUUCGAUACCGUCGAAAACCGUACCGAGUUCGCCGAAAUAAUAUCAAAAUUAUCGAAUUGUCAUCCCUGCGAUCUGCAAUUCUACGUACGCUCGUGUGGAAACGAUUGAUCGUCCGAACGUCACGAGCGGGAAGUUGAACGAAAACGUCGACGUCCCGCAAUAUUCAAUGUCUCUUAGAUUAGAUACAUUCGCAGGCAUGUAAAUGUGUAUGUAUGUAUUUGGGACGUUUGCGUGCAUAUGUACAAACUUGGCCAAAGUGUAUACAUAGAUGUUAAUUACGUUGAUGUGCAUCUACGCGGCGUGGCGCAGCGCGAGUUCUCAAUCCUCUCGGCCAGAAUAUACAUAUCGAUCUUCUCUUAGCGCCUAGGCAAUCCUUCUCGAACGAUAAGUAAAAAAAAACAAAAACAAAAACAAAAAGAAAGAGCUAUAUUUGUUAUAGAGAAAAUAGUAUAGAGCACGAUAUAAAAGAUAUUUUGACAAGUCUAAUCGAUUAACUUGAUCGAGCGAUUAAAUGGAUGUCGUGUUUAACGAGCACAUCAUUUAACUAAUUCGUUGGAUAAUAUUGUCCGUGUGUGGAAAAUAAUGUAUCAGAUCACGUUGAAUUGGAUUAAAUGCUAGUUUUCACAAUCCAAUUAGGUGCGCUGCGGCGAGCUUAGUGCUCGACUAGAACGACCGUUGAUUAAUACGAUAAUUGUAUAAGCAGAAAUAAGGUACAAGUUGAAUCUAUGCUUUUGCGAGAAUUUCAAUAGCGCUGGCAGGUCCAGCUAUUAUUAAAUGUUGAUCGAUAAAGCUAGUCAAUUGUUGAAGCAAAGAGAUCUUGAUCGAAUCGUUAAUUGAAUCAGAUCAUUUAUCAAAUCGUUAUAAGAUACUAGAGCCAAAUAAGGCCCAGCACUGAAUAAGAUCCACUUUAGAAUUUAAAAACCAUUUAAAACCACGCUUUGCGCCUAGAGUUUAUGCUCGAGAGAUAGCGUAGAAAGUAAGUAAAGAGAUGCUGAGGAAUUAAGAACCGACGCAACGCUAUCGACUGUUUAGUACAAUCAAAAUUUGUGAUGAAAUGGGUAGUAUAUAUGCCGUUUUUAAAAAUUCGCUACAGAAAAUUCAUCAAGUGUAUAUUAUUUUAUAAUUUAUUAUAACAUAUUAUAAUAUUAUUUAACUUACUAAGAAGUAGGAAAAAAAAUAUAUACACUGAAAAAAUGCUGUAGUAAGAAUUAAGACGUAGUUUGAUUCAAUUAAACGUCGAAUCUUGGGCUAUCGUUUAUAUACGUUGGUGAUUCAACUAAAUUUUAUUCAUUUAACUUUAUUUGUUAUUGUCUUAAUUUUAAAUUUUUUGUUUCAUUAAUACUAUUAAUGAAUUAACCAAAUAUUUCCAAUUAGACUGACGCUGUUGAACAAACAGCAUUUUUUCUUUGUAUAUAUAUAUGCACAUAAAUUUUUUGAAAUAAGUACAUUUUUUUUAGAAACAAUGUAAAAGAGACUGGGAAGAGGGCUUGUUGAAGCAAAUUGGCAUUACGUUCCGUUUAUGUACUCACGGGUAAAAGAAAUAAUGAGAAAAUUAUCGCAAAAAUUUCAAUAUCUUCCCCAUAGUUUAAAAAAAUAAAAUUAAUUAGAUGUGCCUUACUUGGCUCAGGUACCUUAAAAUCGAUAAUUUUUCUUUUGAAUCUAAUACAGAUUUUCCUCUCAUCUAAAUAUUUUUUUGAUAAUUACUUGAAUAAUUAUUUAAAAAAAAUAAAGCGUAUGUUUAGUAAAUGUGCAACAAAAACAAUUUAAAAAAUUGUUACGUUAUAACAAAUCGGGAUUUCUUUAAUCAAACAAAUAUCUAUACUUUUAUAAAAUAAAAUUAAAAUAUUACCAAAUAUUAAUAAUUUAUUUAAAUUUUCGAAUAUUUGUUGUAAAUUAUUUCAUUUGAUCAUUGUGGCAUCGGUAAACAAAAUAUCUCUUUCCGUUGAACUGUUCUACGAUAAAUUCCACGUGAGAAACUAUCGAGGUAAAGUCGGAGCACAAAUUAUUCAUAUAACACUUAUGUUAAAAUUACUGUGCAUCGUACCGUAUCGGAGUAAUCUCUUACAUCAUAAGCAAGUUCUUACAUCAUAAGUCCGUCACCUACAUGCUUUGCAGCCUAGAAGCCUAUAUUCGUGUCAAAGAGUUAAUCGGCCAAAUAAUAGCGGUAGCCGUUAACUGUCGGCAAGAUUUAUAGCGUACUUUAUCCUCAUUUUUGCAGCGAGAUUCGAAAAACCGAGCCCUUAAAAAAUUCCUUCCAAACGUUUUAAGAUUCGACAGAGGUGAUUUAUCUCUCAAUUUUUUCAAAUAAUUCGGAUGUUACACAAGCGAAAACUAGAUCAGUCAAGUGUAGCGUGUGCAUCAAAUGAGAAAAUAGCUCGUAGACAGUGUGUUAAGAUAUUGGUGGAAAGUAUCUCCUGAGAAUCGGAGUGUAUUGAUUAAUAUUGGGAUAAGAGUUGAUCGUUACCUUCGGCAGAAAAUGUUUCCAUUCCAGAUUUCCCUGCAAUUUACUUAUGAUACGAAAGCAUAAGAACUUCGUUUACGACAUUGAUAAAAUAUCGCGUUUGCUAUAAAGUCAAUAUGUAUAACGAUACGGAUCAAUACGGAAGGCUAGCUGAAGUGCACGAGAUGAGGAAAACUUGUAUUGUUUAUUGUUACGCCGAGAAAAAUAUUUAUGUAACUUUAAUGGCCUAAAGUUUACCGACAAGACACAUCAAUAUCAAUAGCCAUAAUUGCGCGCCGUGAUUAACAUUGAUGAUAUAAAAUAAAUUUUUAACAAAACCAAA